AUGGCCAAUUCCCAGUCAACACUGCAGAUGAAACUUGGUUUCGGUUCCAAGACUGAGCAGUGGAGGUUUGACGAAGGUCCUGCCGAGAACACGACGAGGAACUUGAUCUUCGACACGGUCCACUCAUUCCUGCAACAUUGGCCAAAUAGUCGGUAUCGUCAUGGACAUAACAUAGUACCAGGAGUGAUUCCAACCGGUACUUUGUUGUAUCAUGGCACCGGCCGCAAUAUGCACCUCACACCGGCAACAACGCGAUCUCUCAAGGGCUUGUACUUUGAUGGAAGUAGUGCUGCUAAGGUAGCCGAGGAUACAAUGGACACGCAGGAUAUAAUAGCCGGGGGAGAAGUGCAUCCCGGGCGAUUCUACGCGAGGGCGAGCUUAGCGAACUUAUCUCGCUAUGCUAGUGUUGAGCUAGUAUCCUUCCUGUAUAUCCGACUUUUUCCGGAGGACGAAAACCCUUUCCCUCGUUUCCCUCCCUCCCCUGCUCCAUUGGAAUCUGAUGCCCGGGUUCGCAGAUUCGAAGUCAUGCACUCCGGCUCAUGGCACAAUCGCUACCCAGGAGAUUCUCGCAUUGUGCUCGACCUGACUGGUCUUGUCUCGCUGUAUGAUAUCACACUGGCACCUUCCCCGCGCGGGGCUUGA